AUGAGAGAGAUGCAGCUGCGCCUCUGCGGCAACCUCGGACAACCCAGCUACCUCUUCCACGGCGGUGCGCGAUCUUUCUUCGAGCUGUUCAGCUUUAGUGGUCGCAUUUCGGAAAACGGCCUCCUUGUUAAGUCUGUAUGUGCGUUGGGCGCGACGGACCUGGGCGCGACGAUCGUCGGAGGGGAUGGCAUCGCUGCUGGCGUUCAAACGGGGUCGCCCUGUUUGCUUUGA